AUGUUCGGAACCUUGAUCCACUGGGGUAUCGACGCGGCCCUGCUCAGUGCCUUUCUCGCUGGGAUCAGGAGGACAACGGGCCUGACGCCGAAGCUCUCUGAUGUUCCCAACAAAGACAUUCGCCAGGUGCUGCGGUCCUACCUCGAGUUCGGAGAAUACCUGUUUGACUUCGCAGUGGUGAUCUUCGGGCGGUCCUCCUCAUUUGAGAGAAGGUCUUGA